UUUGCCUUAAAACAAAGUUUGCAGAUGGUUGUGGCCAUUUAUGCUCUUAUUGUCGGACCAAGUUCUGUGCCCGAUGUGGAGGUCGUGUUUCUCUACGAUCAAACAACGUUAUGUGGGUAUGCAAUUUAUGUCGAAAACAACAAGAAAUCUUAACCAAAUCAGGAGCAUGGUUUUUUGGAAGUGGUCCACAACCAUCACCCAGUCAGGAUGGAGCACUAAGUGACACAGCUACUGGUGGAAGUUCUGACGCACCUAGAGAAAAAAAGGCAAGGCUUCAGGAGAGAUCAAGGUCUCAGACUCCAUUAAGUACAGCAGCUGCCUCAUCACAGGAAAUCUCCUCUUCUAGCGUGCAGUCUGACAGGAGGAAAGGAGCAGAAGUAUUACAACAAGCAAUGGGUCUGGAGCAAAAGCAUAUUUCAUCCAGGUCUAGAAGUGAACCCCCCAGAGAAAGGAAGAAGACACUGUUGGUUUCAGAACAGAAUGGAAAAGGAGGUCUCAAAAGUGAACGCAAGCGGGUGCCAAAAUCCUCACUGCAGCAAGAAGGGCAAACUGAUGACAGAGAACGUAAAGAAAGGCAUGAAAGUCGAAAACUGGAGAAAGGAAGGUCACAAGACUAUCCAGACUUACCAGAAAAACUUGAGGAAGGCAAGGUAGCAGAUGAAGAAAAGCAAAGGAAAGAAGAUGAAUAUCACACUCGAUAUAGGAGUGACCCAAAUCUGGCAAGGUAUCCUGUGAAACCACAUCCUGAGGAACAACAGAUGCGUAUGCAUGCAAAAGUUUCUAAAGCACGGCAUGAAAGGAGGCACAGUGAUGUAGCUUUGCCACAUACAGAAAUGGAGGAAGCAGAAGUACCUGAGAAUAAAUUAGGAAAACGCUUGCAAUUACAGGGAACUCAGGACAGAAAAACUCUUGUGGAAACUCAGAGAUCAUACUCUAUAGACAGAACAGGCGACAUACGAAUUUCUGUUUCUAAACAAUUUGCUAAUCAUAGCCCACCAACUCCCAGACAUAGUCCAGUUCCAGUAGAACACCUUGAAUCCAAGAACCAUGAUUCCUUUAAAAAACAGAGUCGCCUUGAUCCUAGUUCUGCUAUUCUCAUGCGGAAAGCAAAGCGGGAAAAAAUGGAAACUAUGCUAAGAAAUGAUUCCCUUAGUUCUGAUCAAUCAGAAUCAGUGCGGCCAUCCCCUCCAAAACCUCAUAGAGCAAAAAGAGGUGGAAAGAAAAGGCAGAUGUCAGUUAGUAGCUCAGAGGAAGAGGGCGCAUCAACACCAGAAUAUACUAGCUGUGAAGAUGUGGAAAUAGAAAGUGAAAGUGUCAGUGAAAAAGGUGACUUGGAUUAUUACUGGCUGGAUCCUGCCACGUGGCACAGUAGGGAGACAUCCCCUAUUAGUUCGCAUCCUGUAACGUGGCAACCAUCUAAAGAAGGAGAUCGCUUAAUUGGACGUGUUAUUCUUAACAAGAGAACAACUAUGCCAAAAGAGUCAGGUGCAUUACUUGGACUAAAAGUUGUUGGAGGAAAAAUGACUGAGUUAGGACGUCUUGGUGCCUUCAUUACCAAAGUAAAGAAGGGUAGCCUUGCUGAUGUGGUGGGGCAUCUAAGAGCAGGGGAUGAAGUUCUAGAAUGGAAUGGUAAACCCCUGCCUGGAGCUACAAAUGAAGAAGUUUACAACAUUAUUUUAGAGUCAAAAUCAGAACCUCAAGUUGAAAUCAUUGUUUCAAGGCCUAUUGGUGACAUUCCCAGGAUCCCUGAGAGCUCCCAUCCUCCAUUAGAGUCUAGUUCAAGUUCUUUUGAAUCUCAGAAGAUGGAAAGGCCUUCUAUUUCUGUUAUUUCUCCAACUAGUCCUGGAGCUCUGAAAGAUGCUCCACAGGUCCUACCAGGGCAACUUUCUGUAAAACUGUGGUAUGACAAAGUGGGUCAUCAGUUAAUAGUAAAUGUUCUACAAGCAACAGAUCUGCCACCUAGAGUAGAUGGCCGUCCCAGGAAUCCCUAUGUAAAAAUGUAUUUUCUUCCAGAUAGAAGUGAUAAAAGUAAAAGGAGGACCAAAACAGUAAAGAAAAGCCUAGAACCAAAAUGGAACCAAACUUUUCUCUAUUCACAUGUACAUCGUAGAGAUUUUAGAGAACGAAUGCUAGAAAUAACUGUAUGGGAUCAACCAAGAGUACAAGAAGAAGAGAGUGAAUUCCUUGGAGAGAUCCUUAUAGAGCUGGAGACAGCACUUUUAGAUGAUGAACCACAUUGGUAUAAACUACAGACACAUGAUGAAUCCUCACUACCUCUGCCUCAGCCAUCACCUUUCAUGCCCAGGAGACAUGUCCAUGGUGGAGAAAGCUCUAGCAAAAAACUACAAAGAUCUCAGCGAAUCAGUGAUAGUGACAUCUCAGAUUAUGAUGUUGAUGAUGGUAUUGGAGUUGUUCCUCCAGUAGGUUAUAGGUCUAGUACUAGAGAAAGUAAAUCAACAACACUAACUGUGCCAGAACAGCAAAGGACAACACAUCAUCGUUCACGAUCUGUAUCUCCUCACCGUGGCGACGAUCAGGGCAGGACCCGUUCACGUUUACCAAAUGUGCCAUUACAGAGGAGUUUAGAUGAAAUUCAUCAAAUGAGAAGAUCACGUUCUCCAACUAGACACCAUGAUGCCUCCCGAAGUCCAGUUGAUCGCAGGUCCAGAGACAUGGAUAGUCAGUAUUUGUCGGAUCAAGAAAGUGAGCUUCUUAUGCUGCCCAGAGCAAAACGAGGAAGAAGUGCAGAGUGCCUACAUACCACCAGAAAUUCUGUUAGGCACUAUAAAACACUACCACCCAGGAUGCCUUUACUAGAGAAUGGUACUCAUUGGAAUAUUUACAGCUCAACUCUGCCUGCAUAUGCUAAGACCAAAUCGGUGAUUAGACAGGAUAUUUCUCUCCUUCGUGAUUGCCUUAACUCACGAAUACCGAAAUUUACAGAUGACUCAUUGAUUAGUGAACUACAGCCCUCCCUUGACAGGGCUAGGAGUGCUAGUACCAACUGCUUGAGACCAGACACUAGUUUGCAUUCACCAGAACGAGAAAGAACAAGGAUGCUGGAGUCUUGCAUUCCAAAACAAGACAGUAUAAACCAUCUAAGUGCUAAACCUGGAGCAACACAGAGGCAGUCCAGAAAGGUGGAAAGAUAUAACAGCCAAAAACAGACUAGGAAAAGCUCUGCAGCUGAAACAGAAAGAACACACCAACAAGGAAGUCCUACACAGUCACCUCCUGCAGACUCAUCCUUCAGCAGCCGUAGGGGAAGACAGCUUCCGCAAGUUCCAGUAAGAAGUGGAAGUAUAGAGCAAGCAAGCUUAGUAGUGGAGGAGCGAACAAGACAGAUGAAAAUGAAAGUACACCGUUAUAAUCAGACAACAGGGUCUGGUUCUAGUCAAGAACAUGAGCGUGAGCAAUAUACUAAGUAUAAUAUACAAACAGAUCAGUACAGAAGUUGUGAUAACAUCUCUGCCAAAUCAUCAGAUAGUGAUGUCAGUGAUGUGUCAGCCAUUUCCCGUACCAGCAGUGCCUCACGCCUCAGCAGCACAAGCUUUAUGUCAGAGCAAUCUGAGCGCCCAAGGGGCAGAAUCAGUACAUUUACCCCUAAAAUGCAAGGCAGACGGAUGGGGACUUCAGGGAGAACCAUCACAAAGAGCACAAGUGUGAGUGGAGAGAUGUAUAAACUGGAACACAAUGAUGGGAGUCAAUCAGACACUGCUGUUGGUACAGUUGGAACAGGUGGGAAGAAAAGACGAUCCAGCCUUAGUGCCAAAGUGGUUGCCAUAGUAUCUCGAAGAAGCAGAAGCACAUCCCAGCUUAGCCAAACAGAGGCUGGCAACAAGAAGCUGAAAAGCACGAUACAAAGAAGCACAGAAACAGGAAUGGCAGCAGAAAUGAGGAAUCGUAUGGUUCGGCAGCCAAGUCGGGAGUCUACUGAUGGCAGCAUAAACAGUUACAGCUCUGAGGGGAACUUAAUAUUCCCUGGAGUGAGACUGGGUGCUGACAGUCAAUUUAGUGAUUUCCUUGAUGGACUUGGACCUGCACAACUAGUAGGCCGACAGACACUAGCAACCCCUGCCAUGGGUGAUAUUCAGAUUGGGAUGGUGGAUAAAAAAGGUCAAUUAGAAGUAGAAGUCAUCAGAGCCCGAGGACUCACGCAAAAACCUGGCUCCAAAUCUACCCCAGCUCCAUAUGUCAAAGUAUACUUGCUGGAAAAUGGAGCCUGUAUAGCUAAGAAGAAGACUAGAAUUGCACGGAAGACCCUUGAUCCUUUGUACCAACAGACACUGGUUUUUGAUGAAAGCCCACAGGGUAAAGUCCUUCAGGUGAUAGUUUGGGGAGACUAUGGCCGAAUGGAUCACAAAUGCUUCAUGGGGGUUGCACAGAUCCUUCUGGAGGAACUUGAUCUGUCCAGUGUGGUAAUAGGCUGGUAUAAAUUAUUUCCACCUUCAUCACUAGUGGAUCCAACCUUGACUCCCCUGACUCGCAGGGCUUCCCAAUCAUCUCUGGAAAGUUCAGCUGGGCCUCCUUGCAUUAGAUCAUAGUGAACUUACAGUAGGGGCUGUCUAAUAAAAAUGUUACAACCCAGGAUAAUUGGAAUCAGAUAUAUACAUUGAUUAAAACCAUUGUUGGAGAGAGACAAUCACUUCUGUUUUUCCUUGUAGCAGUUAUCCAAAAUGUCUGAAUUUUUUGUUAAAAGAUGGCUAAAUUGACAAAACAAUAUAUCAAAUACAGGAAGUCAAUCUACUAGAAAUAGUCACUGAUGCUUAUAGCAAUUAAAAAGAACAUGGGCCCUCUAGACUAGAAUUAAAUUUUAAAAAACUGGAAGCUCUCACUCUGUUAACAAUGUUGUCUUUUUCACAUUUAGACAGAGCCCAGAAGCAGUGUUAAAUUCCUGGUAUUCCAACAGUUCUUCUGUAUUUGUUACUUCCACUAAUUUUUUGUUGUGUGAUUGUGCCAGUUUUGGGAAAGUCUUCAUAAUGCUAACAGAGACCCUUCCUUUCUUUUUCUAAACCAAACAAAAAAGGGCUGAAGUAUAUCUCUGUAAGCAUUCCUUAAAGUGUUCAAGAGCCAGAAUUACCAGACGCAAUGCCAGUGAGAUUCUAAUUGUUUCUCAGUUCUGGUUCUUCAAAGUCUUUCAUGUGGAAACCCAAAACAAAUGACCAUUCAAGAUAAUUCCUUUAAAAAAAUUCAGACCACUAACUUUUCUUUGUAAAAAAGCAAAACUGUUUGCAUAAUGAUUUUUGUUUUAUGAUAUUUUGCAUGGAAGAGUUUUGAAGAAAUCUAUCUGCAACUAAUGCUGGGGACUGAUAAGAAAAAAAAGCUUUAGUCUUAAUUUUGACAUUGAAAAUAUUACUGGUAAUGCAGUUUUCUUCCUAGAUUUAAAGAGGAAAUAUUUACGUUUAUGUGUAUAAAUGUAUAUUUGACUUCCCAAAAUGUUGACCAGGAAUGGGUUGAGCAUAUGACACUUUCAGCUGUACCCAGGCUUCUCCAAUACGUGUCACUUUAGACACACGUGUCUGCCCUGGAUAGAGCAUGAUAUGAGAUGUUCAGUAUUUCACUGGAGAUGCCAGUUGAAAUAUUCUGCACUUACUAAUGUUUUUAUCAAAUUUUAGUUUACAUUUCUUUGAGAUUGAUGCAAGCACAAAGCUUGAUUUUUUACCGCAAGAUAUCUUACUUUUUUGGGAAAAAAGUCAACUUUCAAUUUGCAUUUUAUUCAUUUGAGUUGUUCUUGGCCUUGAAAUCUCUAGUGAUUUUCUGUAAAUGUGCUAAAACUGCAGACUCUGCAGGUGCAUUGAAAUGUUUUCCCUCCUUUUACAGGCCAUUCAAUUUUGUGAUCACACAAAUAGAGCAGCAUGACUUGGAACUGUUCAAAGCUGCAUGCACGUUUUGUAAAAAGAAAAAAAAGGUUAUUUAAUAAUGUAUGUUAGUUCCACAUAGGCCAGCUUGUAUGUUGCAUGUACUUGUACAGUUUGCUCGUAAUUACUAUACUGAAGUAACCAAGAAAUCUAAGCCAUCCAUUUUUCUUAUAGACAUUUUGCAGGUUUUAGCCAGGCUAGGUCUGUGAGUCUGGUGCUAAAUGUCUAUAGAUGGACUUUAUUUUUUACCCUAUGGAAAACGUGAUGUAGUACGGACCAAAUUCCUUCUAAUAAAUAUUUUGGUGUAGAUUCCUACUGUGGGGCUGUAACACAUGUAGAGAUUGUGUACACACUAGGUUUUAAUUCAUAGACAUACUGCCUGCACCAAGUGAACUAUUUACUAUUAUUUACCAUGCCGGAACUAUUCUGCCCAUCUUUCCAUAGGGCACAGUUUGAUUACUGCUCGACCUGCUGAGCAGGAAGAACUGAAGCAUUGGUGCACUACUACUAGAUUCUGUUCUGUCUUAGUGGCCAAAAAAUCAACUAAUGAUAAUUCGGUAGUAUCUUUCUAUUUUGACCACUUGUCUUAACACUCCCCUGUGCUUUUAAAUGAACUUCCAACUCAUGUUAUGUAAACAUGUUUAAUAAAAUUUCCU